ACUAUCAAAGAGAUUUGUCCCUAUGCAAAGAUCAGUGGUGGUAUCUCCAACUUGUCUUUUGGAUUCCGUGGUGUAACAAAGAUCCGCGAGUCUAUUCAUGCUGUCUUUUUGCAUCACGCCAUUCUUGAAUCUGGUAUGGAUGUUGGUAUUGUCAAUGCGCAUGAGAUGCUCAUGUACAGGGAGGUAGAUUCUGAUAUUCGGGAGUGUGCCGAAAACCUGAUCAUGAAUCUUGACGAUAAUGCUACUGAGAAAAUGCUCGAUCUUACGAAGAGGGAGAAAGAGGCCAUUGAACUUCGAAAGAAGGGAGGGGGUCCCAAAGUUGUGAAAAAGUCGUGGAGGACAGAAGCUCCGAAGAAGCGCUUAGAACAUUCCUUGAUCCAUGGUAUUUCUGAGUUCGUCGAUGGAGAUGUUGAAGAAGCAAGACAAGAAUGCAGUAAACCUUUGGAAGUCAUUGAAGGUCCACUGAUGGAUGGAAUGAAUGUCGUAGGUGAUUUAUUCGGAGCUGGGAAGAUGUUUCUUCCUCAAGUUAUCAAAUCCGCACGUGUCAUGAAGAAAGCCGUGGCGUAUUUGCUUCCAUUCAUGGACGAAGAAAAGAGACAGAAUUUGAUCGCGAAAGGACUCGAUCCUGACGAAGUCGACGAAAAUGAUGAUUCAAACUUUGCAGGAAAAGUUCUGAUGGCGACGGUGAAAGGUGAUGUCCACGAUAUUGGAAAGAACAUCGUUGCGGUGGUGCUAGGCUGCAACAAUUACAAAGUUUAUGAUAUUGGUGUGAUGUGUUCUUGUGAGCUUAUCCUGGAAAAAGCAAAAGAAUACAAUGUCGACGUUAUUGGUCUUUCUGGUCUAAUUACUCCAUCAUUGGACGAGAUGGUUACUGUCGCCAAAGAACUGUUCAAGGGCGGUUUCAAACAGCCACUUAUGAUUGGUGGAGCUACUACAUCGAAGAUGCACACGGCAGUGAAGAUCGCACCAAACUUCUUUUCCAGCGACCAUCCUGUUAUUCACGUCCUUGAUGCAUCUCGUUCAGUCACGGUUGUCUCUUCUUUGCUGGGCAAGAACAAGGCUGAAUUUGUUGAAGAUUUAGAAGAGGAAUAUGACGAAAUGAGAGAGGAUUACUAUGCUGGACUCGAGGACCGCAAUUUUUUGACUUUUGAUGAGGCGAAGGCCGAGAAGAAGGUGAUUGAUUUCGAUGCUGUUCCCCCCGCUCCUACCCCAAAUAAGCUCGGUAUUACUGUCAUUGAUUCUGUGAACCUCGCAGAUGUUGUUCCUUACAUCGAUUGGGUACGUAUAAAUACAUGUAGCAUAGUUCAAAUUUGUAUGUUUUUGCCAUUGAUUCUCACGCAUCCGAUUAUAUAUUUCGCUUGUCUUUCAUAGAAUCCUUUUUUCCAAACUUGGGAGUUGCGUGGUCGUUAUCCCAACCGUGGGUAUCCAAAGAUUUUCAAUGACAAGGCUGUCGGUGAAGAGGCGAAGAAACUUUUUGACGACGCUCAAGACAUGAUGAAGCAGAUUAUUGAAGAUGGAAGCAUGUGGUUGAAGGGAGUCACGGGUCUUUUUCCAGCCAACAGAAGCGAAUGUGGAGAAGACGUAGACGUCUUUGAAAGUGAAGAAGAUCGAGCGGCGGGAAAGAUCGCUGCCAAAUUCUGCAUGUUGAGACAACAAGCCGAAAAGGAAUCAGAUGAUCCGUACUUGUCCCAGGCCGAUUUCAUCGCACCAAAGGGUUACAGCGAUCACAUUGGUUUCUUCGCUGUUUCUUGCUUCGGUUGUGAUGCUCUUGUUACCAAAUACGAGUCCGAGAACGACGAUUAUUCGAAGAUUAUGGCCCAGGCGCUUGCGGAUCGUUUUGUAGAAGCCUUUGCCGAGUUCCUGCAUCGUGAAAUCCGUAUUGAUCUGUGGGGUUAUGCCAAGGACGAACAACUGGAUGAAAGCGACUUGCUGAAGGUAAAAUACGACGGAAUCCGUCCCGCCCCUGGAUAUCCUUCGCAGCCCGAUCACACCGAAAAAUCGACCAUGUGGGACAUUGUCAAGGUGAAGGAUAGCGCUGGCAUUGAGCUAAGUGAUUCCUUGAGUAUGAUGCCGGCGUCUUCUGUCUCGGCAUUAGUCUUUGCCCAUCCCCAGUCUGAAUACUUUGCUGUUGGGCAGAUUGGAAAGGACCAAGUCACAAGCUACGCAGAACGCAAAAAGAUGGAUCUUGAGCUCUGUGAACGUUGGUUGUCUCCCAUCCUCAACUACGAUCGUGACUAAGUCUAUUUUUCCUAGAUUUGAUUGGAUCACAACAACUAAAAUACAUCGAUUAUCGUGCAUUUCGAUGAGUAAGAAAGUAAGCUAAUUAUUUGAAUGUCAAACACAAUAUCAAGAAAACCACAUUGUUUUCAAGUUUUCGUGACGUGAAGAUUUGUCACCUCCGCGCAAUUUUAGGGUGCGUGAAGGAGCCAACGGAAGAUCAGUUCGAAUUUGAGGUUGAAGAGGAUUAUCGAUCGAUCAUUUUUGGUUAUUAUGUGUGGUUAGAGCGUUAUCUAUUCCCCGCAGGGUGGACCGUAGAAUAAAUCCAUAUGCUUCGAUGGUUCCUUGUUCGUUUCGGUCUCGAAUAUAUCUCUGGUGGAAACGGUCACUCUGUUUUCCAAACGAUGCAAGUUGCCUUCGGUAGAACCAUACUUUCUCUGUUGAACGAGAGUUCCAUAAAGGUAGCGUAGAUGUGCAAUAAUCUCUUUUCGUUGUGCCGUUGCUUCUUGUAGACGCCCAAUACUGUGGUAGAUGUUUUCCUUUUCGCUCAAGAGUUGCGGUCUAUUUUGUUCCUUCGAGGCCUUAUCGAUUUCGGGAAGGAUGAUCGCUUCGAUCGAUCGCAACGAAAGGCACCGCUUGGUCUCAUUUUGGAGCCUCCCUUCCAAAAGGGCCGCGAGCUCGAAAUUUAGAGGGUCCAUUUCACCAGAGUACUUUUCUGAGGUCUCUUGUUUGAUUCGGUCCAGCUGAGUAUCCGUCCGUGUGGCAUCGUAUCGCACACCAUUGUAUCAUAGAUUGAUGUUGAUAUUUCAGGUAAAAAUGUUGCGGGUGAGUGGUUCGACCAGGAUCUAGCGAUUGGCAACUGAUAAGAGCCUAGCAGAGAAAUAUUCUUUAUAGUUGCGUUGGAUUCUAGCUUCAUUUUCUGAACACUUACCAAAUUUGAGUGAUUGGUGCAAUCAUGGAUGGCGCGGAACUCGUUUUUCGUUAGUUGGAGGAUACGAGCCUCUUGUUCCUUGAGGAUUCCCAGCUUUUCCAUUCCCUGUCCGAGUCGUUCCUUGGCUUGGCGCCCUAAUUCAAUGAGAUGAUCGUGCUCCAUAUUAACACUUUGAUGUUCCUUUUGGAUUUGUUGGAGCUCUUUCUUUGCCAAAUUGUUCUCGCUCACGAAGGCUUCUUUUUGAUUAGAGAGUGCUGUGAACUGAUUCUGGAUUGAAUUGCUCUGAAUGAGGUUGUUGCUGCCACUUGAAAUAUUACUGGUAUUGACAAGACCGUUCGGAUUCUGCUGAAUUUGUAGCUGCUGUCGGUGAUGCUUGUUCUGGUUACAACUGAAAUCGUUUGGUUGUCGAGCUCGAAGACUGGUCAACGAUCGUGGUAUGUGAUUCUGAGACAAGGACUUCAUUGUGAAAAUUAUACAGUAGACGUAAAAUAGUAAUUGGAAUGGGUGUGAGGGGAUGAUGAAGAAAGCAAUGCUAGGUGC